GAGGAUCAGCCGCUUGAGUCCGGCGGAUAGGUUUCCUUACCCCCGAGCAUCGUAUCUCACGCAGACGGUCAACUAGACCAGCAGCAGACAGGUCCGUGGUGUAUUCUGGGUGAAAGAAGACCAUGGUCUUCCUGGUGUCCCGAGUCGGCAAACAACACUUUCACCUGACGCAAGCUCGCUCCUUUUCACUCCGCUGCAUCUACGACACGCGCAAUGCUAUUGUUUCUGAAACUCACAAUAGAGCAAGCAAAGAUUUUGGCGGCAAGACCCCCUGCAUGUUCCUCCGGGUAGUAGAGGUAUUCAUACUAUUGAGCCUGCCACCAAGUCCAAGGGCGCCGGCGUCAGCAAGAACAAGAAAAAGGCCACUCCGAACCGUCGUCAGCGCGUCGACACUAUCGCUGCCGUCGCCCAAGCCCAGCAGAACGCUCACGACAACGCCGGCGCAAACGCCGAUCUCACCAUCAAUGAUACCAUCAAUGUCAACCCCAGCGUCAACGCCAACGGCGACGCCGACGUUGAAGCGGAUCUUGCUGCUCUUCGGACCACUAUUGCUCAGCAAGCAACGGAGAUCGAGCACCUCCGCGCCAACGUCACCAAUGAUGAGGCCACUAACGCCAACCCUACCAACGCCGACGCCACCGGCGCCGAUGCCGAAGAUAACGUCGCAGCUCUCCAUGAUAAGAUCGCCCACAAGGAGAAAGAAAUCCAAGAUCACAUAAGGGAGCGCGAGUGGGUCUUCGCCAAAGUGCAAUGGCUUGCCAAUCGCGAUGCGGACGCAAGAGAUGAUCGAGCUAAGGAGUCGUGGAUUGCCAUGCGAGAACUCGUCCGCCGAAGCAACACUUUCCACGAG